AUGUGGCCUUUGAGAACGAAAUUUGCAGAUAAAAUGGUGAAGUGUCAGAAUUCUGUUUCCCGUAGCUGUAGUUCUGCGUUCGUGCCAAAGCACAAUCCAGUCAGUGUGGAAGAUUUUAGCAAACUUGUUACAUUCAUUGAGACGUCGCAGAAGAUUGCUGUGCUUACUGGAGCAGGAGUAUCGACGGAAAGCGGCAUUCCUGAUUAUCGCUCGGAAAAUGUUGGCUUAUACGCUCGCUCAUCUUCGAGACCCGUCCAGUUUCAAGACUUCUUGAAAAGUGCUGAAGUUCGUAAAAGGUAUUGGGCUCGCAACUUCAUUGGGUGGCCCAGAUUUUCGUCAUUUUCGCCCAAUGCUACGCACUACGCUCUACGUGAUUUGGAGGUAAUACACCAGAAAAUUGGUUGGGUUGUUACUCAGAACGUAGAUGGCCUUCAUACGAAAGCCGGAAGUAAUAAUGUUGUUGAACUCCAUGGCACGGCAUAUAGAGUAAUUUGCCUAAACUGUGACUAUAAUGUCAGUAGAAACACAUUCCAGGAAAUUCUUCAACAAAUGAAUCCAAAUAUGAAAGCUUCCACGAAAGUGAUACGACCAGAUGGUGAUGUUGAACUGACUCAGGCUGAAGCAGAAAUUUUCCGAGUCCCAGAAUGCCCGUCAUGCGGAGGCAUACUUAAACCAGACAUCAUAUUUUUCGGUGAAAAUGUUCCAAGAAUGCGUGUAGAAAUUGUAAAAAGUAUUGUGGAAGAUUCUGACUCCUUACUAGUACUAGGCUCAUCACUUUCUGUUUUCUCGGGGUUUAGAAUUGUCCUGCAAGCUGCUGAGCUGGAGAGACGUAUUGCAAUUAUAAAUAUUGGCAAGACAAGAGGAGACAGCUAUGCACAUGCAAAACUCAAUGGCAAGUGUGGAGACAUCGUACCAAGACUGUUAGAUCUUUUGUGCUGUUUCAGCAAAUAGCAUUUUUGUCACUGGUAACUAAUGUUUUUGUAGAGACAUAUUGAAAUAGACACGUUUGACUGUUUAAUGUUGUAAAUUUUGAUUUGAUAUGUUGUUAUUUAUAGCUUCAUGAUGUGACAGAAGAUUAAUGAGAAAUAUUAUUUACAACACUACACAUAUUUGGUACAAGACAGGGCUAUUUCUUCUGAAAUAGUGGAACUGGUGAAAACACAUUUUUAACAUAAAAAAUUAUAAAUUAAUGAAUGAAUGCACAAUUGUGUGGGUUAAUUUUAUAUUUCGAAUUUAUUUGACUGUGCUAGUGAACAAUAAGUGUGUGAAGUUCCAGAUUCAGUGUGGUCACUCAUUCUCUUCUGCCAUACACUAUGCAAAUGAGUUACGUUUACAUGUAAAUAUUAUUCUUUUGGACCAUUUGCAGCGACAUCCUUUGUAUCGAUUAACACAAUUAUUACACUAUUUGUUCUGUG